AUGCCGAAGUUUUUGAGAUAGUUGGUUGAAGUCUUGAAGAAUGGGAAGAAUGGAAAGAACAAACCGUGAGGGAUGCUGACACGUGGAUAACGGAAGCCGAUCGAACGGUUGGUAUAUGUGGGAGCUGUAAUCUUGGCGAUUAAGAUUGAUUAUUAAACGAUUAUUAUAGAAACGCCCGCGUACUACUAACCGCACGGCUCUGUGGUGCAGAGAUCUCAUAACCAUGAGCAAAGUUGUUGGUCACACAUGCGUCUUCUAGGACGUUGAGGAUUGCCAGGUCCCUGAUGGUAACGAUCCUGAUUCGAUUUCUGAGAAUAUGAAAUCAGCUCUGUUACAGGAUAAACCGGUUAAGAACCUGGUUUAGGCUAUCUAAUUUCUGGUUUAGUUAAUUAUGAUCUCUGGUUUACUUAUUUCAUCUUUCUCGCUUCUAUAUGUAUGGCAUUAGCCGCAAUUGGCAAACUUAAUCAAUGAAAUACAACAAUCUCUUUAAUCUCUAUUAUCUCUGUAUCAUCAUCAUCAUCAUCUUCCACCAUUGAAUCUCUGUUCCUCGGGUCGAUCCUUCUUCCUUCUUGAUCUUCCCCUAGACUUUGAUUUACCCUUAUCUCGUUCUCUCGAUGAGAACUGAUUUGGGAUAUAUUUUUACUGUUUCAUUGGUAUCAGAGCAUUUUCUUCGCACCAAAAUCUUCCUCAGACAAACAUGAUUCCCCUAAAGUAUUCAUGUGAGGAGGUGUAUGAAAGAAUGGAAAAAGGUUUAUGCAUCUUUUGUGAAGAACAAGAUUCUCCUUCUCACCAACAGUUGAAGCACAACAACUCAAGAAUCUUCAUGAUCGAAAGUGAUGAAGAUCCAGUUUUGGAUGAAGAAAUGUUGGUCUCCGCUGAUUUGGAUCAAAAAGAGUAUCGGAUCAAAACUGUAGCAGAAGAAAAGUUUAAUCACCCCUCAGACAAUACAUCGAACACCUAGAAGGCAAGAAAUAUGAAAUGGUUUCUACCGUUUUUAGCUCUUCCGUUGAUCAUUGGCUAACAGAGGAAAGUCAGGAACCUUCAACAACGCUGAUCAAAUCAUCAAACGAGGUCGACCUCUCGUUCUCACAGGAAAUUGAUCGUGUAUGGGAGCCAGGUGGUUUACCAACUAAAUUGGAGCUUUGGGAUUGUCCAGAAAAAGAAUCAAGUGUAUUGCAGGUACAUCCUGGUGUGGGUUUGGUUGAUUUUCGAACUGCUCCUGGCAUUGCUAACUUCCUUGUUCUGAAAGAACCUGUUCAUGUCAAAGAAAUGGAAUCAUCUCCAUACCCUCAUAAGUUGAUAGGUAGCAGUUUCUCACACAAUAAGAAGCUGAAAACUAAGUGUAUAAAAUCUUGGCGCUUCAAGUUCAAAAUCAGCUUAGCGAAAACACAACCUAGGCUGCCUUGCUUCAUUGUUGAUGGGUUUAAAGCGGCCAGAAUUUAUCAUGAGAUAAUUGGCUCUUGGAUAGAUGAACAAGCUGAACAAAUGUGGUCAAAGAUGAAUGGAAAAUUUGAAUGCAAUGAGAAUGUGUGGUUUUACCAGCUGGUUAGUGACAAUGGAGAUGGAGAUGUUCUGAACUUAAAUGUUCAUAAAAAGGGAAAGAUGUGGUUAGAUAACGUUGAGUCUAAUCUACAUUUUAAAGAGUUUUCAUGGUCCAAGGAGCCUCAAGGGAUGACCUUUUUGUUAUUAGAAGUGUCUACUAUUGAGUUUGUUGAAUAUGAGACAUACAUAAAGGGGCAGCUAGUUACAGGCUUGAUGCAUCUUAUUUUUGCUAGAAUGAAGCUCUACUUGAAGCAUAAAUGGAAAUCUAGGCUGUUGCAAUCGUUUUCAGGGCUGGAACUCGAAAUGAAUAACACAUGUGGAUGUGGUCUUUCUAGCGUUGAAUGUUUUAUGUUGCGGCACAUGAGUUUCUGUAAUCAACGGAAAAGAGCUCUCAAUGAAGUAUAUUCAGCUGGGUUUGAGAGUGAAGAAGAGACAAUAAGGAAUAAUUUUAAAGGGUUGAGCAGGCUUGAGAAAUGCCACAAGCUGUUGUCUCUUGAGAACCUUAGUAGCAAAACUUGGACGAGUCAAAGAUUUUUGAUUGAUCUUUCUGUGCUAUGCAAUGUUGCUGCAAGAUUAAUAUCACAUUUGCAUAAGGAGGAGUUCUGUUCAUUUAGUGGGAUGGUUAGUCAUAGUGAUGAUGUUCUAUGACAAGAGGAGAGCUCUGUGAUGAUGUUCUUCUAUCUUAUCCAGAUUUUGAAUUUGUGGAGUGCUCUGCACACUAUGGUAGUUAAGAAUACAUUAACGGAGAUCUCCAUUAGUUGCGGGGAAGGAUCACAUGACCUCACAACUGAUAGGUUUAUGGAUGAGCUCAACUCUAUUUGCAGGUUUUUGCUUGGUGAUUUUCUCUUGACUCUCUUAGCAGAACAGAACCGCGACUGGGGAUUUAUUGGACUCCUUGUUCGAUGGAAAUGGGAUCCUCCUGAACAGUAUAGGCUGGAAUUUGGUAUGGCUAAUGUUGUGAUUAAAGAUCAAACAUUACAUGUUGGUUGUCACAAGUUCAGUCUGUUGGGAAUGAGAUCAAAUGGAUACACAAGCGAAUUACCUAUUCUUGUUAAAGCAUAUGGAAGUGUGACUAUGCAGAGACAUGAGUUAGAGUUCUAUUUCUGUGGGUUUAUGAGUCAAGAGUUGCAGGAAUUAAAUGAGGUCAAGCUCACCAUCUGGUACUUGGAGAAACUGUUAAUCACAAUCCUGUCCUAUGAAAUGCUUCACUCACCAAGGCCACCAGAACCUUCAUGUUGCAAUGGGGAUGGAGAAUUAUUAUGUAUUGGAUCAGUCUCGACUAAAACAAAGCAGCAAAGGUUUUCAUCAUUAAAUUGUGGUUGUGAAGCUGGUCAUAUAAGUUCUAGAAUUUCAUUUGCUGGUGGUGCUCAUGAAUUUUUCAUUGAUUCCAAGCUGCAAAUAGGGGGUGAGACACAAGGUAAGAGGCUGUUGGAUUUUUAUGAGAUAUCAUUGUUUGACAAUGAAAACAAACUCAAAGGAGAGAAGUCUCUCGGUUCUUUGACAAUGAAACAACACAACAUGUGGGGGCUUUUAACUGAAACCGAGACCUUUACCUAUAAUGGUGUGAUCAUACAAGUCAUGGUUCAAAGACAGUGGGAAAGUUUUGUGAUGAUCUUGUUCACUAUUACCGAGAGGUUGAUCUUGUUGAGCGCUCCACUCGUUUUUGCUAAGAAGAAAGGAAUGAAGAUCUCCACUAGUUGCUGUUUUGGGAUAUGUAGUGUUGAUAAGCAGUUCUCUACCGCCUUUGAGAGCAUGUCUGAGCUAGAACAUUUUAUCUUGUUGCCUAAUCUUUCACGGGAAAACUCACAUGUUGAUGUAGACAAAACCUUUCUGAAAAGGGGAGAACUCGUUGCAUCAGUGGCACAAAACAAAGCUACUCAAGCCCUUAUUCAGUGGAAAGAGCAUCCUCCUGAUCAGUUUAGGCUGCUUCCAAUGAAGACAGGAAGUCAAUCUCUCAUCCUUGAGGACAAGGAUGUUGUCAACCAGGGAGUAUUGUUACAGGAUAAACCGGUUAAGAACCUGGUUUAGGCUAUCUAAUUUCUGGUUUAGUUAAUUAUGAUCUCUGGUUUACUUAUUUCAUCUUUCUCGCUUCUAUAUGUACGGCAUUAGCCGCAAUUGGCAAACUUAAUCAAUGAAAUACAACAAUCUCUUUAAUCUCUA